UGCUCUAUAGGUCUUUGAAUGAUCCAUCACUGUUUCCAUUUUCUGUUUUUAUUUUCGAAUUCUAUGGGUUGACUUUUUUCAUAGGUCAAAUUGAUCUUUUUUUGGGUGCUCUUUGAUAUUAAUUUAUAUGGGUGUCUUUGUUGAUUUUAUUGAUGCUAAUAUUUAUCUGUUUAAAGCAAUUUCCCGUAUAAAUUUUUGGUCUUUGAGCACACCCUUUUGACUUUUGAUUUUCUUGGGUUGCUCUAUGAAUUGUUGAAAUGGUGGAAAUAGGGUAAAGAAGUAAAAUUAGUACUCCUUAUAUUAUAUUAAAGUCUUCAUUAAUCUGAUAUUUAAGUAGAGGCGAGAGGAGAUAGGAGGAAGCCAAAAAAUUGAAAGAUAGAGAGUGUAUAAAAUGGGUCUUAGGUCCAAAUCUUAUCGGAGGCAAAAAGCCACUAGGUGAUUUCUUCCUAUCAGCCUAAGUCUUAGGUGGGCAUAGUUACCCCAUACCUAUGCUGGUGAGAGGUCGCAGGUUUUAUUUUCGUUCUAAUUUUUAGUAUAUGUCUCAUAAACUUCAAUGAUUGAAGUGAAGCAACAGUGAGUAAGAUGGCCCUUUCCAUUUAUGUCUUCGCGAAGGUAGAAAUUUGCAUUUUAUAGUGAUAAACAAUUAAUGAGGUAUGGUUUCAAUCUAUUUGGACCAGGGAACAUCCCCAAGUCAAUUUAUAGGGGAGUUGGCUAUUAGGGGUUUUAGGGAAAAUAGGUCAGCUUGACUGUGCGCCUUAUAAUCAAGUAAUGCUGAUGUACUCAGGAGGAGGUCAUUACUACUUGAAUUUGUUGAACUGCACAAUGCGAUUCCAUUAUGCUAUCUGUCCAUGCAUCUCAUUUGCUGAAUAUGUUGGAAAUAAUAAAUAGGGAUGGGAAGAUUUUUCUUGGUACAUCAACUUCAAGCUCGACGAUGGAAGAGAGAUCAAGUUUUUGCCUAAUUGGUGGGCAAGAUCUAUUUCCAUUAACUGAUGCCUAAAUUUUUGUUGUGGAGUUCAAGAAGUUGAUGGAUAGUGCUCAGAUCUAAAGUCCAUACUGGAUCACAAUUAUUCUAAUCUGGAAGAACUUAAAGAGCUUUGUGCCUUGCUUUUCCCAUUCUCUAAACACCACUAACAUGUGAUUCAUUCUUGUUUGAAUCUUAUUAUGAGCAAUUGAUCUCGCAUGUUACAACCCUUUCUGUUGCAAGUAUUCUUUUGGGUAGCUACUCUGCCAAAAUGGUCAUACUUAAACGAGGGAAGAGGUUGGCCAACUGAAACUACUUGAAUAGUUAAAUUUCUAAAAGGAUAAAAGUAAAAGAAGUUCACUUAAAACUUUAUUUUUCAGCAUGAGGUACUAUGGAAUUUGUUACAUUCCUAAGCUUGGGACAUGUCUCUAGGAAUCAUAGUGGUCCAGGAGGGCAUUAUGUUUGCCAAGUCUUUCCCUGAAGUAUUAGGAUGCAGGACCCUCAUAGUACUGUAUGAACUUUUUGGAAGGGGAAGAAUAGCUCUACCCAUUUUUGAUGGAUAUAUGCAGUAUAGAGUCAAAAGCAGUUUGUUAUGCUUCUCUGGUUUAUAUAUGGAAGAACGAAGACAGCAAAUCUCAAUAGUUCUUGAGUUCAAUAGUGAUCGUUUAAUCUCUUUAUAUACAAAUUCUUUUUAAUUACUUGGAUUUUCUUAUAAAAGAAUCAAUGCUUCUAUCUUCUUACGGAAGCUUUUCCAUACCAUUACUUUGUUGAUUGUUAUUGCAAAGAUAAAUUGAUGAUGAGUAUAUUUAUGGCUUAUGAGGUGAAAGGGACAAUGUAUUAAGGAGAUGGCAUUUUGGUCUAGAAAAUUCAUAUAAGGAUCUCUUUACCUCUACUCAAUUAUAUUUUCAAUGCUCUUUUUGAGAUAAGUUGCAAUUGGUGAUCAAUCAAUUGUCUUCCUUUGGAGUUUUAAUAGCUUUCACUUGAUUAGCUUUUCUUCUCCCUUUUUGUCUUUCUUUUUCAAGUUUUUUUUUUUGGCUUAACGGUUCUGAUAUAUGCUUGUUCUUCUAUCUAGCUGUUGACCCUGACUUAAUUCAGGCCUGUUUUUAAGUGAAAAUUUUUGGACGAAGGGAGAUGCUCCAUGCUGACGGGAACUUGGUUUUUAGUCUCUCCAAUCACUGAAACUUCACGCUGAAAGUGGCUAUGAUAAAGUUCUCUAUGGAGGAGGUGGAAUUGUAUACCAACUGGGAUAAUGUGAUUUGUCCCAUUUGCUUGGACUUCCCUCACAACGGUGUUCUCCUCCAGUGCUCAUCUUAUGAGAAGGGCUGCAGGCCCUUUUUGUGUGACACAGAUCAUUUGCACUCCAACUGUCUAGAACGCUUCAAACAAGCACAUCGGAUGAUAGCUGGGUCACAAUUACUUUCAGCAUCCAAUGACAGAGAAGAUAUGACAAAAUCGGAAGCCAAGAAUUGGCCUGCCUGCCCCUUGUGUAGGGGAGAAGUUACUGGAUGGGUUGUUGUUGAGAAGGCUCGCAUACAUCUCGAUGUCAAGGAACGCUGUUGUGAAGAGGAUAAAUGUCGAUUUACGGGCACCUAUUUGGAACUUCAGAAACAUGCUAAACUUGACCACCCUCAUGCAUGUCCCUCAAAAAUAGAUCCUGCUCGACAGGUUGAUUGGGAAAAUUUUCAGCAGUCCUCUGAAAUAAUAGACGUCUUGAGUACUAUUCAUGCAGAAGUUCCCCGAGGGGUUGUUUUAGGUGAUUAUGUGAUUGAAUAUGGAAAUGAUAAUUCUGAAGAUGACUUUGAGGACUUCCCUUCAGCGGAAGGCAACUGGUGGACAUCAUGUAUCUUGUAUCAGGUAUUUAAUAACUUUAGGACGUCUAGAAACAGAAGAAGAUCUAGAGUAAGUAAUACAAGAAGAGGAAACCGCCAUUUGGGUUAUGAUGCUUCAAACUCUGACGAGAGUUCUGUGACAUCUGUAGAAUAUGUAGAUUAUGGGGUUGACGAGACUGAUGAUGAGCUUGUAAGUGCUGCUGGCCUCUCAAGGAGAAGAGCUGAUAGUCGCAGGGUUAAUAAGGAUCCAUUGGAAAGACUGAAGUGUCUAUUCAUUUGCUCGAAAGCUAGCAUCAUCCAAAGAAGGAAGUGUUCCCAAGUAUUCCUGGUGGAGUAGUGGCUAUGGAGUGAAGAGGGAAAGGAUAAAACUUGUUCAUGUAGUUGUGGUGCAAACGAUUGUAAGCUUGAUGCUUGCUCAUGAUAAACUGAAGGCUUCAUACAUAGUCUUUUGGACAAUUUAACUUACUGUGUUAGUGACCAUUUGAAUCAGUUUAUCAUCAUCUUUUGCAGACUGCCAAUUGCUUUAGAUCCUUCUUCAGUUUCUAAAAAGGGUAAAUAGUAACCUCCAAUAAUUAUUUGUUUUUUUAAUCCAAUAAUGAUUUGUUGAUUGUA